AUGCAAAUUUUCUUGAGUACAAAUGAAUCAAUUGCGAAAUCAUGUUAUUCUAAAACAACAGUAUUAGCAGAAAUUGUAAAGGUACCAGAUGAUGUUAUGAGAUGCAAUUCAAAAACAUAGUUGAUUUUGAGGUAACCUUAGUUGAUGUUGAUUUUAACAUUUAUGAUUUUGGUAUUUGAUUAAUAAAGGUUAUUGCAAUUUGAUAAUAAAAGACCUGUGGGCUGUGUUAGUAGAGUGGCUGGAGGAUCAAGUAUGAUAGAGGUUGGAUCUAUUUCUUUCCAUUUCUGA